AUGUCACAACUAUAUCCAUCAAAUGGUGAAGUCCAUCUCUCAGAUGAUAUGAAGUUAAUGUUACUCAGUACACUCAAGGACAACCAGGACAACAUCAACUUGAACAGUUACAUGAUCAAUCAAAUGGGUCAACAACAACAACAACAACAUGAGAAGACACCGUCAACUUCCAAGAUUGCACUGAUGAGAUCAUUAAUUGAACGAAAUGAUGUUGAAGGCAUUAGAGCACUACUGCCAGAGAGGCCGAUAUGGGGCGUCAGCCUCAUGCAAUUCGUGCUCAAGGCAUCUGUUGCCGCGCAGGAGUUGAUCAUAAACAGUCUGACACCCAAGCAUUUGGAGUUCUUAGAUGCGCCCAACUGGAGCCAAGUAUACAUCAGCCUGGAGGACUUGUACGAAAGGCGAUUGAUCACAUCAGGAGUCCUCCAAAAGCUUCAGGUGAGUGGACACCUUGGUGCUCUGACGACGGCCUACAGUACAAUAUCUACGCUCAAGGAGUAA